CCGCUGGAAGGAGCCCCGCCGCGAAGAUGGUGUCUGUGCUGCCGCGGGUGGAGAGGCUCUCGUCGCGGGUGGUCCGCGUGCUGGGCUGCAACCCGGGGCCGAUGACCUUGCAGGGCACCAACACCUACCUGGUGGGGACCGGCCCCAGAAGGAUCCUUAUUGAUACAGGAGAACCAGCUGUCCCUGAAUAUAUUGGCUGUUUGAAACAAGCAUUCAACGAAUUCAGCAUCUCAAUCCAGGAAAUCUUAGUAACACACUGGCACCAUGAUCACACAGGAGGCAUAUCUGAUAUUUGUAAAAACUUUCCCACUACUUCUGAGUACUGCAUAAGCAAACUUCCACGUAACCCACACUCUGAAGAAAUAAUAGGAGAAGGAAAGCAAAAGUAUACAUACCUUAGAGAUGGAGAUAUUUUAAAGACAGAGGGAGCUACUCUGAGGGUAUUAUAUACCCCUGGACAUACAGAUGACCACAUGGCUUUACAUCUCCUAGAAGAAAAUGCUAUAUUUUCUGGUGACUGCAUUUUAGGAGAAGGAACAGCAGUGUUUGAAGACCUUUAUGAUUACAUGAAAUCGUUGGAAAAGCUACUGGAAGUGAAAGCUGAUUUAAUUUACCCUGGACAUGGCCCAGUAGUAAAAGGGGCAAGAGCUAAAAUUCAAGAGUACAUUUCUCACCGAAAUGCACGAGAACAGCAAAUCCUCAAUGUCUUGAAAGAGAAUGCUGAGAAAUCUCUUACAGUAGAGGAACUUGUGAAAAUUGUAUACAAGGACACACCUGAACACUUGCAUAGAGCUGCAGAGAUUAACCUCAGCCAUCACUUGAAGAAACUAGAAAAAGAAGGGAAAGUGUCAAAUGAAAAUUCUCCCAGCUUUAGAUGGAAAAGCGUUCUAUAGAUAAGACACAAAAAUAAGUGUGAGGCUGGUGUUCUUGUGCCCUCCCUCUGAAGAAGCACCGAAAUGUCAACACAGUAAUUUUUUUUCUCGGCAAAAGAUAUUUUGAAUACCGUACUUCAGCAUAGCGAGAGUAAAUUCAUAAAAUUUGACCAAGUUACUUAAUUCGGUUUUUCAGCAAAAUGAAUAAAGCACAAUUAUUCACAUACAAA